CCCUCGAGUAGUUUAUGGGACUAUGGCAAGCGUGUGUACGAACGCCACGACGAUUUCCAGCGCUACGUGGACAGCGGCGUGUUCCAUCCCGAGAGCUCCACGUUCAAGAACUACGCGCUCUUCUGCCUGCUGCAGCGCCCCACCAACACGCAGAUCGACGCGGUGGAGUUCCUCAAGGGGGCUCAAGUGGCGUGUGAUCGCGUCAUCAACGGGACGUUCUCGGCGGAGGUGAGGGACUACGUGACUGGGAAGGAGAGCGUCAAGCCUGCGGUGGUGCAGGCGAUGGAGACCAUGUUCGAGCCCGCGUGCUACCAGCGCCACUUCUUGCCCAGAGUGAGGUACUAUGCCCAAUCUACCGAUACUAUCGAUAUGGAGAUCGCAGGCUCCACGCUGGAGUUCACGGGCGUGCACUUGACUGGCGUGAGCAUGAGGCGGAUGACGCUGGCCAAGUUCAAGAAGAAGGAGAUUGUGCGGAGGGUGAUCGCGGGCCGAAUGGCGGAGCUGCAGAAGACCAAGACGCACAAUGAGCUGCGGGUGGACGCGCUGGAGAUGCUAGGCGACGAGACCAUCAGAGAACGUCUGGCUGGGGAGGAGGGGACAAUUACUGAGGAGGACGCUGCCACGAUGGUUGAACGACUGCGACUGAGCGUGGUGUGCGACGUCUUACUCUCUGUGGAUGGCGUUCAUAAUACCGACUCGGACAAACUGCAUGCGAAAACCAACACGUCGUAUCUGAUGUGCUUUGAGUCGCUGGUGACGCGACCCGACGAGGUGGACUGGCGUAUCGAGAACUUGGACGAACUGAGACGA